AUCCCUCGGAUGCGCACACUAGAGGGGUCCUCGGGGCGGGGGGCGCCAGCCGGCGGCGGCUUCGGGGGAGUUGUACGGCUAGAAUGUGACGGGAGCCGGUCCCCUGUGUCUAGAAGUUGUCGCCUCAUGCAGUAAAGGUGACACGGGGACUGGGAGAGCGGCAGACGGGGAAAACCGAGGAGGAAGUGUCCGCCGCCGCCGUGUGUGAGACCCAUGCUUGGUCGAGGACUUAAACGCAAAUUGAAUGAUCACGACGAGACCAUGACCGACUUCUCUUGUGCCUACGAUUGCCCUCGAACCAUGCCAUACAGUCAUCAAAGGCAACUGGUGCUCAACAUGUGCCUCAACAAACUGCAAAGCUAUAAAAUGCUGGCUGAACCUAACCUGCAUCGAUCCGUUCUCAUAGCCAAUACAGUACGUCAAAUUCAGGAGGAAACGAGGCAGGAGGCCAGCCAGCUGCCGGGAGUUAUGGGGGGCGAUCUCCCCGCCAACAUGUACCCAGGAAGCGAUUCCUUAGACACUUCGCUCAACUUACCUUUCGGAAUCGACGCAGACUUCACUAGAGAUUCCUGGCCCAACGAGAACCCGUUGGACAGUCUGAUGGAAGUUACAGACAACGACAUGUCUUCUGCCAUUUCCUCAAUCCUGAAGGAUCUCGAUUUUGUUGAGGACAUCAGCCCAAGUGCGGCCCAGAGCCCUGCCGUGGACGAACCCCCAAAACCCAUGGAGAGCGGAUCCAAAGGUGAAAAGCAGGAUCUAAGGGGAACAGAAUGUGUGUUCGGUUCUUUCGAACUGACCAGCUCCACCAGUUACUUAAAGGACUUGUCGGUGGAUGACAUUUUUGAUGACAUUGAUACUUCUAUGUACGACUCUGAUUUUAGCUUUUCCUCCUUGAUGUCACCAAGAAUGCAGCCCACGGUGGAGGAGCCCCUCAAGCUGUAUACAAUGUGCAAUAAUUCCUCAAACAGCAACUUGCAGGUCUGCAGGACAGAUUUGAAUGAUCUGGACCACAUCAUGGAGAUUCUAGUCGGGUCCUGACAUCCUAAUCGUUACUGAAGCCAGACCAAGUGGUCUUAAAGGGGAAAUGUAUUUGAACCAAGUUUGGAAACACAAGAAAGGGCAAUUUUCCCUUACAAAUGCACAAAUGAUCAGGAUACAAAGAUAUAGAUAUAAAUGCCUGUGGAAUCCCCAAACUGUCUAGCUACAGUAACUCAGUAUUAUGCAUAUUCUUAUAACCGGAGGCGACGUGAACGCUGAAGAAAACCAAUAUUUUUGUAAUAACGACCAUAUUUAUAAACCUUUUUGGGAUAGUAGUAACCUACUAGAGCCAACGCCAGAUGUCACUUCUUGUACAUAGCGGACACUACCUCUUUAAGACGAAGUGCAAAACCUUCUUGUGUGCUUUAUGGGUUGUUUUUUUUACGUUUAGCGUUCUUUUCUUUCAAUCUCUCUCUCUAUUGAUAUCGUACAUUUUAGAUUAUUUUGUUAAUUUAUAAAUUGUAAUCGGAUUGAUUUAGUUUGUGGUUCUACUGGUGAUGACGUGUACCGUGUGGUCGGUACUCUGCGUGCGAGCCAUGGGGAUCAAAACCAAUAGGUCUGCCUAAUUGGCCUAUUGAAAUGCUUGGAACUAGUGACGUCAAUGAGGAAUUAUAGGAGUUACUUUUCCCAGAAUCUGCACCAUUGCGGUCUAUGGGCUAGGUCUGCUAGUAUAGGUUAGUGCCAUUCAGUUGUAUUUGAAUGAUCUGCGGCACCAGAUAACAGCCCAUGGAUAAGAGUGGUGCCAUUUUUGGGAAAAACACCCUUUUCUUUUAAUACUAAUUUUGGACACUGAUGCCAUAUUGCUGGGAUAUGCCAUCAAUGUCAGAUAGGUGUGGGUUCCACUCUAGGCCGCCCAAAGUGAACAGAGGGCAGCCACACAUGCGCGCCCACCCCUGUCCACUGCUAUGCGAGUCCAAAAUUAGCUGAGCGCGCUCGCUUGCCUAUUUUUAGAACUCCCAUAGCAGUGAAUAGAGCGCACUCUGUGCAUGUGCGGUGCGCUCGCCUUAACUUUGGGGGGUCUGUUCUUUGGACAGGUGUGGGCCCCACCUCUGGGACCUGCUCCUGCGUGACUGAUGGAAUAUGUCAGCGAUAUACCACCCCUGUCUCAGAUGGGAAUACCCCUUUAGGGUGCAGCUUCAUGGGGGCGCGUCUUGCGAGACAAAAAUCUGUGCGACUUGUCUGCAACUUGCUGUCGCAUGACUAUUGGCUGUGAAAACACAACCACGGCGCAGGCCACUUGUACGUGGCACACGACUUCCAUCAAAGUCAUUGGAUAAGAAGUCACGUGAGACACAAUGUCCAGCAUGCCUGUUGUGUCACAGACACAUUGCGACACCAUUGACAAUCAUUACAUGAAAUGUCGCCAUGUAGCCGCACCCUAAAGCACAAAUUGACGCAUUGUUGUCAGUAGUUCUUAGCAAUGCUGAUAUAUGAACUCCCCAAAGAUCACCCCAAAUAUUGGCUGCAGGCGCACGGUCUUAGCAUGCUGGCACUUUACCUCCGAGGCAGUCCUUGGCUUCUCUUCUUAGAUCUGAUCCUUCACUUCUUUUCUACCUCAGAUAUGUUCCUUUGUGGCAAUUUUUCUAAAACUUUUUUGCUUCUGUCUAGAAGAAGAAACCUGCAGAUUUCUUGCUUGUGAAUAUUUACUUAUUGUGCUUUUUAGGACAUUUUUCCGAGCUAUGCAUUUGUAGAUGUUCCGAAUGUGCAGUGAGCAUGUACGCAAGUAGCGCAGCCAUUUUUUUUAGCUCUUUGGAAAGCACUUAUUUCUUGAUGUUCCUAUUUCUAUAGAAAAUUCGUUUUUUUAACGUGUAAGAACUGAACACUUUUUGUAACAGAGACUGAGAAAUGUGAAGGGACAAUACUUCCCUGUUUCGUGUAUCCGUUUAGGUCUCUUCAUCCCUCUGACUUGUUUUCUGACUCUUUGGAUAUAUUCAUUAUUAUUUUAUCCCACGUUAUUCUUGGACGUGAAGUACAGUUUAUAGGGCAGGGGUUGGCAACCUCCAGCACUCCUAGAAUUCACUGCUAUGGGAGUUUGAAGAGCAGCCUAGUAAGUUUACAUGCUGGAAGUUGUAGUUUCACAACAGGUGGAGGUUGCUGGACCCCUGUUACAGGGGCUGGUGACAGUAACGCCUCCUGUUCUGCCUGAGCUUGAAUCAAUAUGGAAAAUGUAUCUUAAUGGUUUGCUAAUUUUGUAAAUGUAGGGAGUGUGUCCCU